AUUUAUUUUACUUAUUUGAAAGGCAGAGUUCGAGCUUCCAUCUGUUGGUUCACUCCCCAAAUGGCCACAACACCUGGAGCUGGGCCAGACUGAAGUCAGGGGCCUCAUCAGAGGCGUCAACUUGGGUGCAGGGGCCCAAGCAGGAGAGCCACCUUCCACUGCUUUUCCAGGUUGACUCUUCACCACACUGAAACCAUUAGGAAAAAUCCUUGUGGUUAACAGCAGAGGCUUCAGAGUGUAACCUGUACUCGGGCCUAGAAAUUAUUUUAAAUGGCGACUGAUACGUCUCAAGGUGAACUCGUCCAUCCUAAGGCACUCCCACUUAUAGUAGGAGCUCAGCUGAUCCACGCGGACAAGUUAGGUGAGAAGGUGGAAGAUAGCACCAUGCCAAUUCGUCGAGCUGUGAAUUCUACACGGGAAACUCCUCCCAAAAGCAAGCUUGCUGAAGGGGAGGAAGAAAAGCCAGAACCAGAUAUAAGUUCAGAAGAAUCCGUCUCUACUGUAGAAGAACAAGAGAAUGAAACUCCACCUGCCACAUCCAGUGAGGCAGAGCAGCCAAAGGGAGAGCCCGAGAAGGAGGAGAAGGAGGAGAACAAGUCUGCUGAGGAAACCAAAAAGGAUGAGAAAGAUCAGUCUAAAGAAAAGGAGAAGAAAGUGAAAAAAACAAUACCUUCCUGGGCUACCCUUUCUGCCAGCCAGCUAGCCAGGGCCCAGAAACAAACACCGAUGGCUUCCUCCCCACGUCCCAAGAUGGAUGCAAUCCUUACUGAGGCCAUUAAGGCAUGCUUCCAGAAGAGUGGUGCAUCAGUGGUUGCUAUUCGAAAAUAUAUAAUCCACAAGUAUCCUUCUUUGGAGCUGGAAAGGAGGGGCUAUCUUCUUAAACAGGCGUUGAAAAGAGAAUUAAAUAGAGGAGUCAUCAAACAGGUAAAAGGAAAAGGUGCAUCUGGAAGUUUUGUUGUGGUCCAAAAAUCAAGAAAAACACCUCAGAAAUCCAGAAACAGAAAGAAGAGGAGCUCUGCAGUAGAUCCAGAACCACAAGUAAAGUUGGAAGAUGUCCUCCCGCUGGCCUUUACUCGCCUUUGUGAACCGAAAGAAGCUUCUUACAGUCUUAUCAGGAAAUAUGUAUCCCAGUAUUACCCCAAACUCAGGGUGGACAUCAGGCCUCAGCUGUUGAAGAAUGCUCUGCAGAGAGCAGUAGAGCGAGGCCAGUUAGAACAAAUAACUGGCAAAGGUGCUUCGGGGACAUUCCAGCUGAAGAAAUCAGGGGAGAAACCCCUGCUUGGUGGAAGCCUGAUGGAAUAUGCAAUCUUGUCUGCCAUUGCUGCCAUGAAUGAGCCGAAGACCUGCUCCACCACUGCUUUGAAGAAGUAUGUCCUGGAGAACCACCCAGGGACCAAUUCUAACUACCAAAUGCAUUUGCUGAAGAAAACCCUACAGAAAUGCGAAAAGAAUGGGUGGAUGGAGCAGAUCUCUGGUAAAGGAUUCAGUGGCACCUUCCAGCUCUGUUUUCCCUAUUAUCCGAGCCCAGGAAUUCUGUUCCCAAAGAAAGAGCCAGAUGAUUCUAAAGAUGAGGAUGAAGAUGAAGAUGAAGAUGAAGAUGAGUCAUCGGAAGAAGACUCUGAGGAUGAAGAGCCACCGCCUAAGAGGAGGUUGCAGAAGAAAACCCCAGCCAAGUCCCCAGGGAAGGCUGCAGCCAUGAAACAGAGAGGGUCCAAGCCUGUACCUAAAGUUCCAGCUUCCCAGCGAGGGAAAGUGAGGCCUCUGCCCAAGAAAGCCCCUCCUAAGGCCAAAACCCCUGCCAAGAAGGCCAGACCCUCACCCUCAGUCAUUAAGAAGCCUGCUGGCGGCUCUUCAAAGAAGCCGGUAGUCAAUGCAAGAAAGGAAGUGAAGUUGCCUGCCAAAGGCAAAUCCACCAUGAAGAAGUCUUUCAAAGCAAAAAAGUAAAUUUUAUAGGAAAUAAGGGUAUCAUGAUGAAAUUCAAAAUCUUAUUUUCUAAGAUCGGUGUGCAUUUGUUUUAGUUUUGAUGCUUUUAAAACAUUUUCCCCCUCUAUGACCAUUAUGGGGAGGGGAUAUACAUGAACCAGUGUAGGCAUUUGUUAGCGUUGGGUGCUGUUCUCAGUGCCUGCCCUCCUCAGUCAUUUUACUUUCUGCAAUAAUCCUGGACUUUCUUAGACCAUAUAACCUGUAUUUGUCCUUUUUGCUCCCUUCCCCCAACUCCUUUCCUUUUUUAUGGUCAGCUUUGGCUCCCUCUGCCCCCCCCCCCCUUCUAGUUUUAUGUACACAGUUGCAAAAGUUUUUAUAUUUGUAGGAAGCAUCAAGAAGAGGAUGCUAGCCAGGUGCUAGAAGUGAAAAGCAGUAUAGCACUGAACUGUUAAGCCUCCUGCCUGGAGGCUUCGGUUAUAGCUGUAAUAAUCUUAUUUAUAUAAACCACUCCACUAAUCCUUUCUCUCCAACUGUAAACACAGAGACUUCUUUGCUUUGGAGAUAAGCCAAAACCAGUAUGAUCUCAUUUAAUUGUGAAGAUGGAUGGCUCCUGGGGGCCACUUCACGUUGAUGAAUUUCUAGGUGUUUUCACAGGCCCAGAGCAUUGCAUUCCCUGAGCAGCAAGCACAAGUCCUGACUGAAGGGGAAGUCUGAGAAUAUAUUGAAUCUGUAAUUUCUGGUGUCACUUGGUUACCAAAAGUCAAAACAUAGAAAAUCUUGAUCAAAUGUUUAAAUAUAUAUAUUUUAAUAUUUGGAGCAUGAGUUGUCAUUUCCUGUUUGCCUUUUUUAUAAGGAAAUGUUGGAGAGCUACAUCAUUGCUAAUGUAGAAAUGUUAAGUGAAAAAAUAUACGAUUUGCUAAAAUAAACUAGAUUCCAGAUUCAUCUCUGGGUUUUUUUCCCCCUCUUUUCUUUUCACAGCACUUUUGAUAUCAAGCAAGCGGCUUCUUUUUUGAGAUAUUAAAAAUAAAAAUAAAUGAAGCCCUA